GCAGCACACGCCCCUGGACCCGCCCGCCUCACGAUCUUUCUCACCCCACCCUUCCCUUUCCCCCUCCCUGUACAUAAAGCAGCCGUCGCGUCGAGGCUCUCCUCCUCAGCACCAGCAGUAUUCCAUUCCAUUCUCCAUCCUCAGAUCAGCGCAGCGGAGAAUCGAACCAAUCUAGGUUUGGCGAGAGCCGAGCCGAGGAGGAUGGUGAAGGCCAUGGCGGGGUGCCCGGCGAAGAUGGGGUUCCGGAUGCCCGCCGAGUGGGAGCCGCACGAGCAGUGCUGGAUGGGCUGGCCGGAGCGUCCAGACAACUGGCGGGAGCAUGCUGAACCAGCUCGAAAAACAUUUGAGAGAACUGCAAUGGCCAUUUCAAAGUUUGAGCCUGUCACCAUUUGUGCAAGUGCCAAACAGUAUCCUCGUGUCCACGAGCUGAUGGAACACCAACCGAACAUCAGGGUGGUCGAGAUGAGCAUGAAUGAUUCCUGGUUUCGUGACACCGGUCCCACUUUUAUUACCCGUGAAGGCGGAUCAGAUAUAGGACUUGCAGAGCAAACAAUAGCGGGGAUUGACUGGGAAUUUAACGCAUGGGGAGGGCUCGGUGGUGGUUGCUUUGAUGAUUGGAGUCUUGACAGAAGCAUUGCCAAGAAGAUAGUUGAGAUUGAGAGGAUCCCUAGGUUUGCACACACAAUGGUUCUUGAGGGUGGAAGCAUUCAUGUAGAUGGAGAAGGUACAUGCAUUACAACAGAAGAAUGCUUGUUGAAUCCUAACAGGAACCCUCACAUGACUAAACUAGAGAUAGAGAAUGAGCUGAAGGAUUUCCUUGGAGUCACAAAGAUCAUUUGGAUACCUCUGGGGCUACACGGUGAUGAGGAUACAAAUGGCCAUGUGGACAAUCUAUGCUGUUUCAUCAAACCUGGUGUGAUUCUCUUGUCGUGGACCGAUGACGAGAACGACCCGCAGUACGAGAUAUCGGUGAAGGCACUAUCAGCUCUCACUCAGGCAGUCGAUGCGAAGGGGCGGCAGAUAGAGGUGGUGAAGAUCCACGUGCCAGGGCCUCUGUACAUCACGAAGGAAGAGGGGGAAGGUGUUCUUGCAACGGGGCAUGCUGUACCGAGGGUACCAGGCAAGAGAUUGGCCGCCUCAUACGUGAACUUCUACCCGGCGAACGGCGGGAUCAUAGCGCCAGCCUUCGGCGAUAAGAAGAGGGACGAGGAAGCGCGCGAGGUCCUCCAGAAGGUGUUUCCUGAUCAUGAGGUUGUGAUGGUGGAAGGCGCAAGGGAGAUCGUGCUGGGAGGUGGGAACAUACACUGCAUCACGCAGCAGCAGCCGGUGCGCCCGUCAUAGAUGAGCGGCCAGAAAAGGCAGCCAAGCCCUGCAUUGGGGUGAUGAUUCAACCAUAUUUGUUACGCCCGCAGCAUAUUGGUUGCACUUUGAAACAGCGUCACGGACCAAUAGAUGCAUCUCAUUUGGAGAUUACUGAAUAAUAUUGUAGGUGUGUUCUGACUGUAUCUUUCCCAUUUGCAUUCGCAUUCUGGAAA